GGACCACAGCCUGUCGACCCAUUCGGUCAGAUGGAGGCCUGCUACCACUCUUCGCUCGCCCAUCCACCACUGCACUCCCAGCCAUGAUAGACCAUUUCAUGGGCCGCCCGAAUCCCUCUUGGAAGAGGCUCCAGGUAUUUCUUGUGGUCUUCUUUUGGAUCUGGAGGAUCCUGUAUGGGAACCCGGGGGGUCCCAGAAUCUUGUGGUUGCGCAGGGCAAACAGGCUGUUGCGGCAGUUCACUCCGUGGCAACUCAUUGUCAGCACCCUGACAGGUGUAUACGCAGUGCGAAACAUAGACAAGAUACUAGGGCUCGGAUCACCUGAACCUCUCGCCAACCUGUAUUCCCCAAACUAUUACCGCGCGACAUGGAUAAGCACAGGCCUCGAUGCUGGCUUUGCUACGGCCAUGUCUAUCCGGCCCAAGUGGCUCAAGGACCUAUGUUCUGUACUGUUCUCCGUGUAUUAUAUAGUCUACGCACAAGAAGCCGACGAGAAGCUUCGGCGCUUUAGAGCUGUCCCCACCGUCGAGUUUCUUCGGACGACCUGGGAAAAGACGGCCAAUCCUUAUCUCCGUCUAAUAACCAGCCUGCCACGGAUUAGUAUUCGCCGCAAGGUCAUCCUGCCGCGUCCCAGUCGAUCGGCGUAUCAGCGGCAAAUCACGGCAUGGCUCUUCUUCGCGCCUCCCGAGCACCAAUUGUCCCGCGCGACCGAGCUUAUCCUCGACUUUCCCGGAGGAGGGUUUAUCUCCAUGGCACCUGAGCACCACGAAGAUCGCCUCCGAAUGUGGGCCGUGCGCACCGGAAAACCGGUCUUGUCGAUCGAGUAUGGCAAGGCACCCGAGUACCCGUACCCAUACGCGAUUGAUGAAUGUUUUGACGCAUACUGCGUCCUCGGCGAAUCAUGUGGGAGGCUGGUGGGCAUGGCCGGGACCACCCUCGACAUGAUCCUGACGGGAGAUUCCGCGGGUGCCCAUGUUGCGGUCGCCGUCAUGAUCAAGAUCCUCGAGACGCAGCUGGCCGUGCCACACCCGCUCGCGCUGCAACUCAACUACGCCGCGCUCGACUUCAACUUCACGUCCUGGAUGGCGCCCCAGAACCUGCGCGUGCUCCAGUCGGAACAGUCGUCGGGCAGCCUCCCGGGGCUGAUCGAGCAGAAGGACCACUUCAAGCACGUCAGCCCGCUCUCGAUGGUCGGCGACCGCAGGCCGUUGCGCCGCCAACGAAGCUGGCGGGACGCCAUCCGCACAUUGACGUCGCCAAAGAGCGAGCGGGCGCCGCCCCUCCACGCCCGCGCGUCCGCACCGAGCCGCAGGGUGACGAAGACCCCGUCGCCGAAACUGACUGGUCGUUCGGAAGAGGGUGCAACCGAUCCUGCUGAUGAGGCCGGCAGCCUGGCGGACGAAGAAGACGGUGCUGACCUAAGCAUCCUACCCGACGAAGACAAGCCGAUCCAGGCCAGGGUCCGCUUUCAUCCCGUCGUGAACUCGCUCGAGCACGAAAGGCCGCCGGCGGACGCCCCGUCCCUUUCGGGGUCACACGAGGGUCCAGGUGAGGAUGAGCAAGCACCGCUCGGCACCCGCCUGACGAUGACGAGUCGCACGGGGUACUUCCAGGAUCGCAUCAUCGCCCCUAGCAUGAUGAGGGCCAUGGCCAUCCUCUUCAUCGGCCCACAUCGCAAUCCCGAUUUUGCCUCAGACUACCACCUGUCGCCUGUGCUCGCGCCGGACCACCUCCUGGCGCAGUUCCCGCUCCUGAUCAUGUCGUGCGGUGAGAAGGACCCGUUCGUGGACGACACCAUCAUCUUUGCGGGGCGCGUCCGCCAGGCGAAGCGGGCCAGGCGCAGGGAGCUCGAGCAGGCGUUGGUGGGCAAGGGCGCGAAGUAUGGCGAGCACCUCCGGAUGAGCGUGCACGACGCCGGGCGUGAUGAGGCGUCCGUGCGGGCGAUGAAACGCGAGCUGUCGGACCUGAAAGCACAGACGGAGGAGGACUGGGUGCAGCUGCACAUCUUCAGUGAUUGGAGCCAUGGUUACAUGCAAAUGGCGCAGCUGAUGCAGGAGGCACGCACCGUGAUCAACGAUCUCGCGGAUCGCAUGGACGACGCCUUUGCCGCGAAGCGGACGACGCGUCGAGGCCGGGACGCCGUCGUGGCGGGCCCAGCCGCCAGGAAGGACAGCCGGCCGCCUGGGCUCGCGAACGGCGGCAGCUUCCUGAGCACGCCGCUCACGUCCGAGACGGAGGCCGAGACGGACGACGCGCUGACGUUCUCGCCGAAGCGACGGUCGCCGCCGCUGGCCUUCAGCACCGUGACGAAAGACCGAAUCGUGGGCCGGAUGCGCUCGCGUUCGCGGACGCCUCAGCAGACGGGCGCUCCCGACAGGCGAGCAGCAGCAGCAGCCGACGAGGACUACUUCCGUGCCGACGACGGCCCGCGCUCCCUGCCACCCGCGAAUGGUAGUGCGCAUCAUGCCGCGUCGAUGCCCCUUGAUGCCUCGCAGGGGACACCUACUGUCGCGGCACCGCUUCUUGCGGCCGCCAACGGUCUGGGUGGUGGUGGUGGUGAUAGAGGACAGACGAAUGCGGUGCCCGCGACGCUCCUCGUUCCGUCGACGCCGACGAGCGGCAGCAAGGCCCCCGCGAAGGCGGGGCAGACGAUUACGGAGUCUGAGCUGAUGCGGCGCCGGCGGCUGCUGGACUCGCACCUCAUCACGAGCGCGAACGAGAGCCCGCGGGCGGACACGCCCUGAGCCGUCGGGGGUUGGCGGCGGGCGGCGCCGUGUGUGCGCGGGAAAAACGGCGGAGAGAGAGAGAGAGAGAGGUGGUCGGGCGCUGCUUGCCUCCGUGCGCCAAGCUUGGGGCUGGGACAUUGUACGGAGACUUGGCUUGGCCGAUGUGCGCGCCAACUGUGUAUUUUGUAGCACUGCUAAUAAUAAUCGAAACCGGGCG